AUGCCCGGCCAGCCUGCUACAGUCAUCGCCCGCUGGUCUGCAGCCAAUCCACAGACCAGCGUCCCGCUUCUGGGCCGCUCGCUCACCGUAACCCGAUCAGGCGUCUCGCUCGGCAGGAGGGCUGUCCAGAUACGUGCGCUGCGACUACCGGCGAGCGAGGCGAAUGGGAAGGAAGGGCGGAACAUGUACGUCGUGCGGGCGCUCGACGGGAACGCAGAGAAGGUCAGCGUGUUUGUCGAGGAUCCUGCGGUACCCGCUGUGACGAGCGCAAAGGGCAAAGGGAAGGCGGAACCGAACGAAGACGACGAUUUAAUGAUCGUGGAACCCGAGGCGAAGAAGGAGAAGGACGACUCGCCUGCGCACACACGCUGGACCUAUUCGUCUAUCGCCCUUCCCUCGUCCUCCUCGUCCGCCAACUCUCCGCUAAUCAACACCGUCUUCGACACUUUCAUUCAACGAGCCCUCUUUGCGCCGGCGCAGCCUGGACCACCCACCGGGCAGAGGGACAGCUCUUACUGGCAGCCGCGAGCGCAGUACAUCGCUAUCGAAGGCUACACGUUUUCCGUUGGAGCGGCUGCGGGCUCAGCAGGCGAAUGGGAGGUCAAAGUCGGCAGUGUGCUAUUGAAGGGCGGAACAGCAAGCGGAACAACGAAAGGCUGCGUCGUCGAGGCUACAUAUCUACCCGUUCCUCACUUACCCGCCAACUCGACCUUCAUCAAAGACUUCCUCCUCUCGCUCUUCCCACCCGCCGCCGUCCAGAACAACGAGAUCGAGUUCCUUCAGCUCGGCGAGGACGAGUUCCACGAAGCCGGUAUGCUGGACUCUCACGAACCGAGCGAGGGCGAGGAGCCGGGCGAGUGGGAGUGGCAGGACAAGCAUUCGACCUAUACGCUCGUACAGCAGUUCAAGAAGGAAGGACUCCUCUAG